AUGGAGAAACUGUUCAAGAAGCACGAGAUGGGCGAAAUCCCUAGAGUGGACUGGCUCGACCAACUCGUCUUCCGCGGGUUCGAGAAGAGGGGCCUGCAGUCGGCAAAAGACUCUCUCAGAGCAGGACAACGCCAGAGAGCGGCUGCGAUCAGCGAACUGUCCACUGAUGGCCAAGAGGACGACCAUACAGCAGACGACGAUGCCAGGGAGCAAUCCAAAUUUCAGCUCAACGUUGAGCUGCCACGAUUUGAUUUUCCGGUUGUAUUUGCAGACUUGGAGUAUCCGCCACCGCCGAUAUCGUCACUGCAGAACAUGUCUGGCUCACAGUCAAAUGCGUCUCUAAAACCUGUACCGGAGGUUCAGUUCGGCCCGGGUAUCAACGGUCUCGGAGAUUCCGCAGCAGGCUUUAGCAGUAGGUUGAUCAUGGUAUAUGACCCUGAGGUUGGCGCCAAAGACAACCCCGCAGAGACGAAGCACCGACGACUCGUCCGCAGUCAGCACCGACACGGCGUUCUCGACAAAGACUUGAAGCCUAAUGCCAAAGUUCGCGACGAGCUCAACGUCAUCAUGUCAUAUUCGCCGACUCACGUUCUCACACGGAGAGGGAUCUGGAUCUGGAAAGUUCCGUACCAUCUGACCAGGGACAAGAGGGCAAUCACUAAGUUCGUCAAGUCGGUCAACUGGCAAGACCAGAGCGAAUCCAAGCAAGCGGCCCAGGUGUUAGGGCGGUGGAUCGAGAUCGAUGUGGACGAUGCCCUGGAGCUUCUGGGACCUACUUUCGACAGUCAGAUUGUUCGUGCAUACGCUGUCAAACGGCUGCGCCAAGCAGACGAUCGCGAACUUUUGCUCUACCUACUGCAGCUAGUACAGGCGCUCAAGUACGAGCACAUCUCGGCCAACUCUGCCCAGGAUGCCACGCAAGACUCAUCCUUGGCUGCUUUCCUGAUCUCCCGGGCCGCCGCCAAUUUCAUGCUUGGCAACUACUUCCACUGGUACCUGAUGGUCGAGUGCGACGACAAUAGCCCCGAGCAAGGACCGGAGACCCGCGAUAUGUACCGCAAAGUCGCUUAUGACUUCAUGACCGAGUUGGUCAAGAGACCCGAUGGGGCGGCGUCGCGAAAGACUUUACUGCGACAAGCGGAACUUGUUGCCAUCCUUUCCAAGAUUUCAGGCGAGGUCAAGAUGUCCUCCGAGUCCAUCGCAAGAAGGACGGAGCGCGUCAAACACUUCCUUGCAGACCCCAAAAACGAGAUUGCCACCAUAGACCCGCCGCUGCCCGUUCCUCUUGACCCAUCGGUCGAGAUUACCGGUGUCAUUCCAGAAGAGACUGCGGUCUUCAAGUCGUCGCUCUGUCCCAUCAAGGUCACGUUCAGGACAUCGACGGGCAAGAAUUGCUCCAAAAGGAGAAUCUAG